AUGCCAGAUGUGUCGACCGGAAUGUUUGUUCCUCCUCCAAGUGCUGUUCCCGUACCAACAGCACUCUCUGCGCCUUCUACUUAUCCUACGGAGAUGGCAGCACGUACUCUCUCGAUUCCUCUCUUUCUCUCUCCCAGUGCCGAAGGCGGUCUCUACCAAGAUUCUUCUUCGCUUCUUGGCUACAACGACACUUCCAGUCCCCCCGUAACCACCACCUUCGGCGUGGUCGCCCGCGAGCAAGGCACGUGGGACGGCAACACGGACGGUCUUCUUGGCUUGGCCUAUUCGAAUCUGUACUGCUCGCCCACGUGCCACAACACGAUUCUCGACGACCUCUACGCUCGCUACGCCAAAGACGGCUACCAAGACGUCUUUGGGCUCUGUCUGAGCGAGGAGAAGGGCAUUCUCUCCCUCGGAGCGCUCGAUUCCCAGUUAGUCGCGGGGGAAAUCUACUGGAUCGACGUCCAGGACCCCGCGUUCUAUUCGAUCUCCCUCACGAAAUUCCGAUUCGGCUCCGUCGAAAUCACUUCCAGCCGCUACCAAGCCAUUCUCGACUCCGGAACCACGCUUCUUCUCCUCCCCACCGCCCUCUACACCAUUUUUUACACCGUCGUCACUCAGCAAUACCCAAGUCUGCCCGGCGUUUCCUCGCGGCCCAGCUUCUUCGACGGCCAGGCGCUCAAUAUCGAUCCGACGUCCUCAUGGCCGGACCUGCAUCUGCACUUCGGAGACAUCGACGUGCGUGUUCCGCCCUCCGUGUAUUUCACCAAAAUCAAACAAGGCUUUUUCUCGUACUGGUAUCUCGGCGUGUACCCCGUGGAAGCCUCCGUAGCCAGCCAAUUCGACGCGUCACGUUACAUUCUGCUAGGCGACGCGUUCCUGCGCGGCGUAACAGUAUUCCACGACCGAGAGAACGACCGCGUGGGUCUGGGCGUUCCGUCCUCGUUCUGUUUCGUCUCGAACUACGCGGUGAUUAACGACUUCGAUCCGCGCACCAACGAGAACUUCAACGGAACCGACAUCGAGCCCGAGGCCGAUCUGGACUUCUGGCUUCGUCUCCGCUUUUUCUUCUUGGAGUACUUCAUGGAGACCUUUUUCGCGGUUAUCCUCGCGCUCUGCCUCUGCGCCUGCUGCUGCCAGGAGUGCGGAUGGGCGGCUGGUUCCACGUAG